GGAAACUCUGCUCUUCCUGUCUGUUCCUCCCCAUCCUACCCGGGUCCGUGGCUUCAGCUUCACCGACUGACUGACGCUGGUUGGAGGAAACUCAGCCGCCACAACUUCUCUCCACGGUCCCGGUUCACCUUGUCGGUCCUCUGCUGCUGAGCCUCCCGCAGUGUGAACAGCCUCCACCAGCAGCCCCUCGGGCCGGAGAUGGAUCGCGGUGGAGCCAGUGAGGGGCCUGGGCCGGGCAGAAGACCCCCCGCUCCCUCCGCCGGAACACCCAUGGGUGCCAAGGGGCAAGCGGCACAAAGUGGUCAAAGAUCCAAAAUUAAGAUAACACCCUUCCACAGCUCGCACAUAGUCAGCAGCGAUGGCGCACUCAGCGGCAAACGAGCAGGAGCAGCUUCUGGGAAACUGAUGGCGUCUCCUGUUGUCCUGAUCCUGGAUACACCUGGGCGUCAGAGUGGCCCGGCUGCCAGGGACAGACCUGAUGCUGCUGCUGCUGCUGCUGCUGCUGCAGGGAGCUCAGUCUCUGCAAAGAGCAAGAGCGAGGAAAAAGCCCAUGCAAGUCCUCUUGUUGUCAAGCCUGCGAGCAGGAAGACAUCACCUCUCAACACAGAGCUUAGUCGCUGCCACAAAGGCAAAAGCAAAGAGAGGAGAGCUGCCUCCACCUCUGCCAAACGUCCACAAGCUGUGAAGAGGAGGAAGAGGAAGAUGGGAAUGUACAACUUGGUCCCAAAAAAGAAAGCCAAGCCCAUUAAACAGCAGGAGAAGGCAGAGGAGCCAGGAGCUAGUGUGGAGAAGAGCCGAGCUGCAGCACAUGAAAAAGCAAUGACUGCCACAGAGGUCCAUACAGUCGCACAACAAACGGUUGUCAAAAUUGAGUCUCUGCACGAAGCAGACCCAGGAGAAGGCAGCCAUGUCGAGUACACAGAGCUGGCUCUGGACUGUCUAGACCUGAAAGCGCAGGAAGAGCUUCUCUCUCCUCCCCAGUCAGGUGUAGGAGCAGAUUCUGAGGUUGCAGAAACCGACCUGGCUGAAGAGUUACCUCUGUGCUGCUGUCGUAUGGAGACGCCUUACUGUGGAGGCGGCCUGGCCACAUUUGAUCAGAGCUGCAUGGCCAUGGAGAGCAUGAAUGGAAUGCUGAGUCGGUGUCCGAGGCGAGUGAUGAAGCAGGAAAUGAUGCGGCCGUCCAACACCGUCCAUCUACUGGUUCUGUGUGAGGACCACAGGGCUGGCAUGGUUAAACACCAGUGCUGCCCCGGCUGUGGACUCUUCUGCAGAGCGGGCACCUUCAUGGAGUGCAGGCCAUAUGGCAGCAUCUCACACCGCUUUCAUCGCGACUGUGCCUCCAUCUUGAAGGACUGCAGGUUUUGUCCCCACUGUGGAGAGGAUGCCAGUGGUGCAAAGGAGGUCACGGUGCCAAGGGCUGAUCAUUCGCCCUCUGUACCCAGAUCCAACCCCAGGUUGUCACUACCAGCUGUGCCCACUGUUGCCAACCUGCCUUCAGUACCAACCACACCUGCUGUUCCACAGAUACUCAGAGCCAAGAAGACCAGCGAACCUCAGAGGAGCAGAAAUGAGAGCCCGAGCAGGUUAAAGGGCGAGACUGUCUGUGCUGCACAGAGACCUAAAGAGUCACUAGAGAGCAUCCUCAUAGCACUGGAUGAUGAGAACCUGAAACCAAAGAAAGUGAAGUACCCCACCAGACAGCUGUACAUCUCUGCAAAGCAAGGAGAGCUCCAGAAGGUCAUCCAUCUCUUAGUUGCUGGAAAGGACCCCAACUUUUUGAUGGAGGGCCAAAGCAAACGCACUCCACUUCAUGCAGCAGCUGCCGAGGGUCACCAGGAGAUCUGCCACAUGCUCGUUCAGGCUGGGGCCAACCUGGACAUGUUUGAUGAGGAGCAGAGAACACCACUGAUGGUGGCCUGUGAAAGCAACCAUCUGGACACAGUGAAGUAUCUGCUCAGAGCUGGAGCCGCCAUCAGCCACAAGGAUAUCAUGGGUUUCACCUGUCUGCACCUGGCAGCUAAACUGGGACAUUAUGACAUAGUCAAUCAUCUACUCUCCAAGGCAUCCAAAUACAUCAACUGUCAGGAUGACGGGGGAUGGACUCCCAUCACCUGGGCCAUCGAGUACAAGCACAAGGAGUUGGUCCACCUGCUGUUGGCCAGAGGGGCCGAUGUUAACAUGAGAGACAAGGAGCAGAACGUCUGCCUACACUGGGCAGCUCUGUCAGGCUGUGAUGACGUCGCCCAUGCUCUGCUGGAGGCUCAGUGUGACCUCAACGCCAUCAACAUUCAUGGUGAUGCUCCACUACACGUCGCCGCCAGAGAAGACCGCAUGGAGUGUGUGAUGUUGUUUCUGUCUCGGGGAGCCGACGUCAGUCUGAGGAAUAAGGAGGGACAGACUGCUCUGGACUGCAGCGUCUAUGGCUCCAAUAUGUGGACAGCCCUCAACACCAACAAGAGGCUCACAGAGGCCCGCAGAGGCAGGGACUGUCGAGGAGAGAGGGUGCUCAGCAGGGACAUUUCUCGGGGGUAUGAAGCAGUUCCUAUCGCCUGUGUUAAUGGUGUCGACAGUGAACCCUGUCCUGAAAACUUUAAAUACAUACCAGACAACUGUGUCACCUCCCCAUUGAACAUAGACAAGGACAUCACUCACUUACAGCACUGCAGCUGUACAGACAACUGCUCAUCUAGUACCUGCAUGUGUGGUCAGCUCAGUCUGCGAUGUUGGUAUGACAGUGAGGGUCGACUGCCUCUGGACUUCUCUCAGCGGGAGCCCCCAGUGCUGUUUGAGUGUAACCAUGCCUGCUCAUGCUGGAGGACCUGCAGGAACCGAGUGGUCCAGAAUGGACUGAGAGCCCGGCUGCAGCUCUUCAAGACACAGAAGAUGGGCUGGGGAGUGAGAGCCAUGCAGGAUAUCCCUCAAGGAACAUUCAUUUGCGAAUACGUCGGAGAGAUCAUCACUGAUGCAGAGGCUGACAAAAGGGAGAAUGAUUCUUUCCUCUUCACCCUCGACAAUAAGGUGGGAGAUGUACACUGUAUUGAUUCAAGACUUUUUGGCAACAUCGGCCGCUUCAUCAACCAUCUGUGUGAGCCCAACCUACUGGCUGUGAGGGUGUUCACCAUGCACCAGGAUCUACGCUUUCCCAGGAUAGCCUUCUUCUCCAGUCGGCCUAUCAAAGCUGGAGACCAGAUUGGGUUUGACUAUGGGGAUCACUACUGGAGGGUAAAGAGCAAGUACUUCAGCUGUCAGUGUGGUUCUGUCAAGUGUCACUACAGACACGCACUCACUGAGGAUCACUGAUCUCUCUUUCUACCUGAACAAAUUCUGCCACUGGGCCCUGUCUAAUGUCAGAAACAAUUCCCUCUGAGCCAGAUACAACACAAGAGUGACACUUGGGUAAGAACCCGGAUGCAACUUAUUUCUAUGAAGAAUGCCGCCUGCCACCAGCCAGAAAUACUGUAUAUGAGAGAAGGUCCAGCUAGUUUUAAAGAGCCAAUGAUCAGGUUAAAGAUUGUUGUAACAGUCACUGACUUUUUCUUUAAUACUGCGACCAGUUGUAUUUGAGAAUUACUGCAGUAAGAUAAUGUUAUUGGUAGUUUGAUCCUUCCUAUGAACUUUUUACUACUUGUCUACUUAGUAAUUAAAAACCUUUUAAAACCA